UAAAUUGUCCCCUAAGGACAGACCUGAAUCUCUGACUGCCUAGAGGCUCACUCAACCGGAGAUCAUGGCUUUUGAUGGUACUUGGAAGAUAGACCGGAAUGAGAACUAUGACAAGUUCAUGGAAAAAAUGGGUGUUAACAUGGUGAAAAGGAAGCUUGCAGCUCAUGACAAUCUGAAACUGACAAUCACACAAGAAGGAAAUAAAUUCACGGUCAAAGAAUCCAGCAAUUUUCGUAACAUUGAUAUUGUUUUUGAGCUUGGUGUCACUUUUAAUUACAGCCUAGCAGAUGGAACUGAACUCAGUGGUGCUUGGAGCCUAGAGGGAAAUAAACUUGUUGGAAAAUUCAAACGGGUAGACAAUGGAUGUGAACUGAAUGCUAUCCGAGAAAUUGUAGGUGGUGAACUGGUCCAGACUUACACAUAUGAAGGAGUAGAAGCCAAGAGGAUCUUCAAAAAGGAAUGAGCUUCGUUUUUGGAGCACAGCCCAGAACACAAAUUGAAUAGAAAAUCUAUAUUGUAUUAAAACUGUUUUUCUCUCCCUGAUUAGUCCUUUUGUAAACAUAACCAACGACUUAUAUUUCUAGUCUUGCCAAGGCAAAAGAAGUAAAACUAAUUAGGAUUUAAUUUGUUUUACAUUCUCUAAGAUGUACAUUUAUUGCUGUAUUCGUGUUGGAAAAGAAUUUGUGACAUGUUUUAAAACAGAUGAAUAAACUUUGUUCCCACAUUG